AGUCACCAAUCAGGACUUAGCGGGAGAGAGCGGCUAUCAGUACAUGCUGCUCAUUGUAAGGCUCUACCCGCAUCCUGCUGCCCCGAUACUGUCAGCUCCUCGCACGCACCGGGCAUGGAGUCCGCCUGCUACGUACAGUCUUACCCUUUCUAUGGGAACCUACUGGGCGCUGAGCCCUGCCGGACUAUCCCCCCGCACAGCCCCGCACCUCGUACACCCAAACCCACACAGGAGCGUACUGCACCGCAAGCUGCUAAAAUUAUCACGGACCCCGCUACUGGCCGCACGUACAGUAAAGGCAGACUGCUCGGCAAGGGUGGGUUUGCAAGAUGCUAUGAGAUGACAGACAAUGCCACAAACAAGGUGUACGCAGUCAAAGUGAUCCCUCACAGUCGCGUUUCCAAACCUCACCAACGAGAAAAGAUUGUAAAUGAAAUAGAAUUGCACCGGGAACUUCAUCACAAACACGUUGUAAAAUUCUCUCACCACUUUGAGGAUUCUGAGAAUAUCUACAUUUUCCUUGAAAUCUGCAGCAGGAAAUCUCUUGCGCACAUCUGGAAGGCACGGCACACGCUACUGGAACCUGAAGUACGAUACUACCUAAAGCAGAUCAUUUCUGGGCUAAAGUAUCUCCACCUGCGAGGCAUCCUGCAUAGAGACCUCAAACUAGGCAAUUUCUUCAUCAAUGAUAAUAUGGAGCUAAAGGUUGGAGACUUUGGAUUAGCAGCACGUUUGGAGCCUCCGGAGCUUAGGAAGAAAACCAUAUGUGGCACCCCCAACUACCUGGCUCCUGAAGUUCUUUACAGACAGGGCCACGGGCCAGAGUCUGAUGUGUGGUCACUGGGAUGUGUCAUGUACACUUUGCUCUGUGGCACGCCGCCCUUUGAGACCUCUGACCUGAAGGAGACCUACCGCUGUAUCAAGCAAGUGAAGUAUACGCUGCCCGCCUGCCUCUCCUCCUCAGCCAGGCACCUCAUUGUAGGAAUCCUUAAGCGCAGCCCUGGGGAACGUCUCACUCUAGAGCAGAUUCUGGAGCAUGAAUUUUUUACUAAGGGUUACACGCCUGAGAAGCUUCCCCCAAGCAGCUGUGUAAUGGUUCCUGAUCUUCAUCCACCCAAUCCCGCCAGAAGUCUCUUCACUAAAGUUGCCAAGAGUUUAUUUGGCAGAAAUAAAUCAAAAACAAAGAAAAGUCCCACAGAAGACGACGAGAUCUCUAAACUGGUCACAGGGCUGGUGAAAACUUCAAUUUGCCGACAGCUCAGCUACAAAACUGUGGAUGGCAAUGAGGUUACACCAGUUACUGCUCAUACAGUCACCGGAAACUCCAGCCCUGUUGAGACAUUAACAGAAGAGGCAUCUGGGAAAUCUGUUUCACGAUCCAUCCGUGGGAGCUUGGUCAGCAGCAGUGAUGCUUUUGAAGACUGUAAAACUGCUUCAGGAGUUAUGGAGAAUGCUCUUGAAGUCCUGAAGGACUGUAUGUCGUCUAUGCCUGCAGCUGAGGUCAAUCCUCCUUGCCUGUCCAGAUAUGAGCAUUUUGUCUGGGUGAGCAAAUGGGUGGAUUAUUCCAACAAGUAUGGAUUUGGGUACCAGCUUUCCAAUCGCAGUAUUGGCGUCCUUUUCAACAAUGGAACACACAUGACUUUUCCAGCCAACAGAAGGAAUGUUCACUACCACCUGACAAACAGUCAGCAUUUUGUGUUCCCAACCUCUGCUGUCCCAGAGCAGCUCCAAGGACAGAUGAGCAUCCUGCAGUAUUUUGCAACAUACAUGGAAAAAAACUUGAUGAAGGGAGGAGAUUUGCCAUGUCAUGCGGAGGGAACCCAGCCCCCAUUACUGCUCCUCCAGUGGGUGAAAACGGAACAUGCUCUGCUCAUGCUUUUCAGCAAUGGGACCCUGCAGGUGAACUUCUACAAUGACCACACUAAAGUGAUUCUCAGCAAGCCUCAUGAUUCCUAUUUGCUCACGUACAUCAACAGAGACCGAAACUCCCAGACUUUCCGCCUUAGUUCUGUGGCAGAGAUGGGCUGCAGCUCUGAUAUGCUCCAUCGUCUGAGAUACACGCUGAAGCUCCUGCAGCAGAAGACAGAAUUCUAAACUUGUUCACGGAUACGGGUGAGCAGGGGGACUGUUUCAUUUGGACUUUUCUCAGAUGGACACUAGUGGAACUUGGGCCGCCCACUCACACACCACCUUGGGAACCUGAAACUUGUGACAUAUCCCACCAAAGAGGGUAGAGGAACUCUUUAUUACAUGCUGGCAAACUUCAUUUUAAAGGCAAGGCUGAGGACUAUCUAAAGCAGUUGCUAGUUCUUGCCUUUAAUCCAGCCAAAUACUGCUGCUUGAACUGGUGUUCUUAGCAAGGGAAUCAUUCCUUGAGCAGUUUUACUGUGCUUUAUUACUACAAUGCGUUCAGGUCAGAUGUGAUUUAUGGCAUCAUUGCCUCCUGGCUGGCUUCAGUGGCACAUGCCUAAUACUGUGGUACCAUCCUGACAUGUUGGUAGUUUGGAGUGUGAGCCACCAACAUUAAAAGGAACCAAGUUAAACCUUCAUGCAGAUACCUAUUCAUAACAAGGAUUAUGAGGGGCUUUGUUGCGGAUUCUCUUCUAGCUUGUGGCUUUGCCAGGAUUGUAGUUAAGGGUAGAAGAUUAGUUUCUUUAGAAGGGGCAGGUUAUUUUAGACAGCUGCUUCCUUCUUUAUACUGGGCCAUGACUAUUUCCUUGGGGCUAACAAGGAAGAGCUUUUAUUGUGCCUAUUUACAGUCUGGGCCUCCCCCAUUGCACACAACCCAGACUCUUUACAAAAGAACCAGCUGCUGCCUGCCCUCCAUGGGUCACAUAUUUCAAAGUUUAGUGGUCAGACUUGUUUCUAAGGCCACCAGCUGCUUCUAAGGCAUACAAAGCUAUAAGGAUGCUCACACCCAGUUCUGCCUGUAUGUUGCUCUCCUUUCUGCGUUAAGUGAGUGCUAAACAACGGGUGAUUUUAGGAGCUAAGCAAAAGCAUUGAAUCUGUUUAACUCCUAUACAAAGGAGAAUCUGAAGUCCCAGCUACACAACUGAAUACAGCCUGACAUUGUGCAAAGUCUCUUCCACCGAUAUAUAAACACUAUGGAAGCGAAUUAACUUGGCUAUAUUCAGCUGCCCUUACUGAACAAAUUCUAUUUGCCCCUUUUAGAGUGUAGCACUCUCUGAUUUGCUUCUCAGAUGUUAGUAGUUUUUUUGUUUUUGUUUUUUAACUUGCUGUAAGCACUUUUUUUUUUUUUUUUUUUUUUUUUUUAUUCUUUUCAUGUUCUGGUGACUUAUAGCAGGGUAAUGUUGAGAUGCACAUACCUUGCUACACUUACAAGCAUUUCACUAUUCCACAUUCACACUAAAAUCACCAAAGGUUUUAUUUAUUUUAUUCUCCCAAGGAAUGCAUUUUUUUACUUUAAGCAAUAUUUUAUUUAAUUCCUAACUUUAUGUAAGGAAAUGCAAAGAUUGAAAAGAUUUGGGUAAGGACUCUAACACCAAAGAACCCUUUAAUACACAAGAUUGAAUGAAUUUGAAUGGGGCCACAUUCUUUAGUUUGGUGCUAGCAAACUUGAGGCACUUUAAAACCUGUUAAUUACUCUUCAUUAUUGCUACAUAUCGUCUUCCCAGCUCUGGCAGCCAAAUCUUCUCUGGCAAAUGUGACUUCAGUUGUUCCUUCCCCCAUGAAAAAGCCUAUAAAGGCCGUUACUUGAAGAAGAAAAAUUCCUCCUUUUGGAGUUUUGAUUUAUUUCUUGGUACUGACCCCUCUGUAAAACGUGGGGCUGUGUAAUGUUAUGUAUGUUGCUUAAUUAUAAGGCUUAUUUAUAUUAAGUUUUUUAUUUAUAUAAAAUUAUUUAUUUUAAUGUGGUUUUUGUUUUGUUUUUUCUUAUGACCUUGAUCACUUGAAUGUGAAGUGAAUAAACUUAUUUUAUAUAAAAUACAAUUGAAAUAAACUGAUCAAGCUGCA